UAACUUGUUUGAUAUGGAUAGUGUACAUGUGUCCCCCGUCUCAACGAUUAGAACAGUCCAUGAAAAACAUGGCUGCGCCCAUGGACACAGCAACUCCGCAUGGGCCUGAAACACCGAUGGAUAUUACUGGUGUAACCAUCGUGCAUGAUCCCAUUAAGGGGAAAUGCCUCCAUGCCACAAGAUCUUUCAAGGAGGGAGAGGUUAUCUUCAGGGAGAAACCCAUAGUAUCCUGCCAGUUUUUAUGGAAUGCGAUGUAUAAAUACACUGCGUGUGACCACUGCAUGCGCUCCAUGGAGACAGCUGAGGCCAUGAGCAGGCGACUGGCCAACAGUCACAGUCUGGUGCUCCCCUUCCCACAAUGCUGUGCUGUCAAACUAGAGCAGCAUGUCACAUGUCCUCACUGUCAGGUACUGUACUGUAGUGAGAGUUGCAGACAGGAGGGUUGGAACAAGUACCACAGGGUCCUGUGUCUGGGACCUUCUGUUAAUGAUCCAGAGCAUCCCAUCAACAAACUAGCAGAAACCUGGAGAAAUAUACACUACCCUCCAGAAACGGCCAGUAUCACGAUGAUUGCCAGAAUGAUAGCCAUGGUCAAGCAGGCAGCGGACAGGGACAGUCUUCUCCAGACCUUUGCUGGUUUCUGUCAGGCGACCACUAACCAGGAGGAACACAUGUCACACAAGCUGCUAGGAGCAGAAUUCCAGGAUCAGCUGGAACUACUCCGAGGACUCCUGACUGAGGCACUGUAUGAGGAAAGUUUGGAUCAGUGGUUUACUCCUGACGGCUUCAGGUCAAUUUUUGCAAUGAUUGGAAGGAAUGGACAAGGAAUUGGGACAAGUUCCCUCAGUGUGUAUGUGCACAACUGCGAUGCACUGGAGCUUCCAUCUCAGGACAGGGAAAAACUUGAUGCAUUCAUCGAUCAGCUCUACGUGGACAUGGAACAUGAGUCAGGAAGUUUCCUGAAUUGUGAGGGAUCUGGACUUUACAUUCUGCAGAGUUGCUGUAACCACAGCUGCGAGCCUACUGCUGAACCAUCAUUUGAUGAAAGCAAUUAUGUACUCAGUAUGAGAGCCCUUCGAGACAUUACUGAGGGAGAGGAGUUGUUCAUCUGUUAUUUGGAUGAAUGUGAGAGAACAAGGAGUAGGCACAGUAGACAGAAGUUAUUAAGGGAGAAUUAUCUCUUUUCCUGCACAUGUGAGAAGUGCACCAGGGAGGCAGAAGACCCAGAUGUCACAUCCAGUGAAGAGGAAGAAGAUGAAGGAGAUGGAGAGAGUGAUGAACAGUGACCGGUGCCGCCUAUUUCCGGGCCAUUCAGACUAGGAAAAUCAAUCAUUGGAGUACACCUGCAUUUGUUGGGGCUGUAAAUUGGGACUGCACGAUAUAAUAACUUGAUUGACUGGUUCUGUUGAGAAAUAUUUCUAAAGCAAGAUGAAUAUGAAAGAGGUUCAUUUCCUAGCAUUCUCUACUUUUAUUUCCAUUGAAGCUCUUUAAAAAUAGUCAAUUUUCCUGUCACAAAUGAUUUGUAUUAGUACUUUUUAUAUGUGUACACUUGUCGUUUUAUGCUCAUAAAGAUGAUAGCCUCAACUAUGAUUCAAUAAACAUUGGACAAACUGUAGGAUCCAAAUUUACACAUUAAUGCAUAAUGCAAUGUAUUGUGUAACUAACACUAACAGCAUAUCACAAACAUUCAGCCACGAUCAGGAGAUGUAUGAACAGUACUGGUAGCUUAGGAGAAGGCUCAACUCUUGAAUCAAAUGCCAGUUUGUAAUAGCCUGAAAUAGUUGAAAUGGAUUUCUUAAGAGAGAUGCUUACAUGUAUGUUCAAAAUCCAGAUUACUGCUGUUGGAGUGAUUCUUAAGUAUUAUGCUCUUAUGUUUUGAGAAGAAGGAAGGAAAUUUUAACUGGUGCCUUUAGUGAUGACAAUGUGGACUACUUGUACAAAUAUGCUGUCACACGCAAUCUAACAUUGCAUACAACUAAGAUUUACAACUUUUCAUGCAACCUGUCAUUUAGGUUCAGGUAGAAUUACAAGACUUUUGCAUUUGAGGGGUAACAUUAUAAUUUAAUGUGACCUGAGUAUUUGUAGGAGAUGAUAUCUCUGUGUGAUCUGCCCCAUGUUGUAUCCAGAUCAGCAGAAGCUUUGUAAACGGAAAUUUACACUCCAUGGCUAAGGCCCUGUGAUCUUUAGUCUGGUUUACAGAGUGGUAAUCUCAUGAGGUAGAAAGUCCUGAUGUCAACAGUUGCUAUGUUUGCCUCAGGUUUGUGAAACAUUAGCAUACCGUAUGGUCUAGGCAGUUGUCUGCCCUCAUGCUCUAAUGGGUAUAACCUUUACAUAAUCCUGGGCUCUUCCAGUUUUAGAUGUUUGCCCAUUCUCCCAGUUUCAUAGAGCUUUGCUCCGAAUCAAGCACCAAAGACGAGGAUUAGGUUUCAAAUGGCUUCAUGUGAAUUUCGUGAAAGUUUGUGAUACUGUUGACGAUGGGUUGGCGGAAACGGCUGCCCGGUCGGUUGGCAGAAACGGCUGCCCGGUCCGGAGGUUGGUUUUGGGGUUUUUGAGUGUACCAAAUGUAAACAACAUGGCUUGCUGUCACAACAGUGAUUUAGGUGCAUUUCUCGUGUAGGCUGAUCCUAUGUUGAACAGUAGCACUAAUAUCGUAAACAUUACCGUAAUUACCGUAAUAACAGUGUAAUUGCGAUCUUAUACACGUUUAUGGUAAACACCAGAUUUUGGUGAUGCCAGCUCAUUAGCGCUUAAGGUCGAUAAUGAGCCGCGUGUCCUUUACUGUAAGAACUGAUUAGCACCUUGAUUUUUUUUUUUUCGAAAAUGUUAUCCCCAACACUAGUUUUAUACUUUGAAAUAAGAAAACUGUAGGUUGGAUUGAUUGGAUUGUGUAAUUCAUCGGAGGUUUUCGGCGCACAUAACAUUGUAGGUCAUUGACCCGAAAUAUGCAGAGUGUGUAGACAUGUGGAUAUGUGUGAAGCUCUUCUAAUAGGGGACAGUAGUAAACUUUAUCAUUACUUGCUCUUCGGAGUAGCUUUAAACAAAUAAGAUGUGGGCAUUGAUCAGAGUAUGAGUCAUUCGUGUUGAAGAUUAAUUGCUAAUUAAAAAAUUUUCUUGAGCUGACCGCGUCCACGUUGUUUAUUGCGGUGUUAUUUGGGCUCUAGCCGCCCUGACGAUCUGAGACUGGAUGGGAUUCUGCUGACUCUUGGUGCUUCGGCCACGAACACAUUUUGUUAAAUCCUUAGUUAAAUCUUUAUUAUCUGCGGGUUUCUUCAUUUCCGACAUGUGAGAAAAUAGUAUCGUGAUCAAAGAAUUGCAGUUUCAGGCUGUUUGAUUAAUAAUCAACUAUGUUCUCAUUAAUAUUCCGUCUACACGGUAUUCAAAAGACGAAUAUUCUUAAUAUUACCGACCGCUCUCCAUGUGAUAUGGCCCGUAAAUACGGCCGUAAUUACGAUCAGAUUUACAACAUGUACAUGAUUACCCUUGUCGUAAUUUAGAUACAGAAUACUACCAGCCGUUUUCCAACCAAAACCCCGUCCAAAAUUUCGACACGGUUUUUGUAUACAUUUAUUCUACGAUGAGUGUAUGUUUAAUAUUGAGAUCACAAUACUUUCGGCUGUAAGAAGGCGCAGCCGCACUAGAUACCUUACUCUGCUGUAUGCAAUACUCGAAACCCCCAAAACCAUCCUCCGGACCGGGCAGGGGUUUCCGCUGACCGACCGGGCAGCCGUUUCCGCCAACCCUGUUGACGAUGUGAUAACAAUGCAAAAUUGUUAAGUUUUUUUUUUUUCAUUUUUUAAAAGUGAAAUUUACUUCUGUUUGCCCUUGGGCACAGGAGGGUUGGAAUUUUGGACACAUAGUGGAUGAUAUAUGCUGAGAGGACAAUUUCUUCACGUUUUAUCAAGAAACAUCUGAUUUUAACAGUUGUGACGUCUUGCACUUAGAACAUGAGAAUAUAGCAAAUAUGUGAAACUUACUACUUACUUCGAAUCAACCAUAUGGCAAACCUAUCACUGUAACAUGUGGGAGAUUCUCUGCAAACUUGUUGCUGUUUUGUUUAACCAGACAGAAAUGAAGAUUACAAUUUGACCAUUUUGUCGGGUAAGGGGGACCUGUCUGAAAACAGGUAAAAAAAUAGCUGAAUGUACCUUCCCUACCUUAAACAAAUAAAGUGAACGUGAAGUC